CGCCAAUAAAGCACACUAAAUAGCUACCAGCAUCAACCAGGCUCGAUCAAUCGAUCACACAGAUUGAUGUGCAGUCCUUAGAAACAGGAUGUAAAAAAAAAUAAUUUUAAAAAAUGCAAACGAGACAAAAACAACAAAGACUGCAUUCUGUAACCAUAUUUAAAUAGCAGCGCAGCCCGGUACUGUUUACAGAACCAAUCGCGUCAUCCUAAACUCGAAUUGCUAAUAUAAAUAUAUGUUUUUUUUCUUAAAAGGCUAGAUUCGGAAAGACAGAAAGAAAGCGAGAACGUGUUACGCAGGAAGGUAAUAUUAUCAAUACCCGGACAGCCGUGCAGUGCAGUUGUUGCAGAUAGGGUAGGGUAGGGUGGGGACGAAAAAGAAAGGCUUCCGUCCCAUUAGUUUGUUAAUCGCUGCAGACGCCGCGCUGUCGUGGAUUGGAUUCCAUUCUUUGGUACCGAGGGAACCCACAAGACUCGGUUCGCUUUGCAGAAGAUUACAUUGUUAUUAGCAAUCGGGUCGUGGUGGGAGUUUGAGUGUGGUUUGCUUGAUAAGAAUAUAUAUCAUUUGUUUUAAACAAAUGCAUUCUAAAAACUAAUAAUAGCAAUAUCUCGAUUUUCGCUUUUAGUGUUCAGAUAUUCAGAUAAUAAUCUCAGAUACAUCGGAGCAGCGCAGCGUGCCAUUUAAAAGCACCAGGGCGUCACUAAGCAUACAGCACUGCUCCCAAAUCCCGAGAAACGCCUCGCUAGCGCCCCCCUCUGCCCCUCAGGGAUCGAUAAUAUUAACAAUAAUCGUUGCAGUGCAGCUUGAAAGCCAGUCCAGGUGUUACAUUCGCUGGCUCUCUAGCGCCCCCCCUCCUGGCCUCUCUGCGAUGGCGGAUCUGGAGCUAGCGAUGGCGCUGGUGGAUGAGGAGGAUCAGAAGCGACACCGGCGCAUGAAGAGGCGCCGCCCGCAGCCCUACACCUUCCGCCGUCACCACGAUUACUCGGACCUGCCGGACCGGCUCCUGAUCCAGAGGUUCCGCUUCGACCGGCCCAGCCUCAACUUCCUGUGCGAGCUGCUGAGGGACGACCUGAUGUCGCCGCUGGCGCGGAACCACCCGCUCCCCGUGGAGACCAAGCUGUGCGCCGCGCUGGCUUUCUACGCCACCGGCUCCUUCCAGAACGCGCUGGGCGACUCGGUGGCGGGCGCCUGCCAGGCCACCAUGAGCCGCGCCAUCACGCAGGUGUGCGACGCGCUGGUGGGGAAGGCCCACCUCUUCAUCCGCUUCCCUCGCCGGGAGGGAGAGGCCGAGCCGGUGAAGCAGCAGCUCCGGGGCCUCUGCGGGGGCCUCCCCGACGCGCUGGGGGCCCUCGGCUGCACCCACGUGGCCAUCAAGGCCCCCAAGGACAGCGAGCGCGCCUACCUGAACCGGCGCGGGUUCCACUCCAUCAACGUGCAGCUCACCUGCACCCGCGCGCACAAGAUCACCAGCGUGGCCGCCAACUUCCCCGGCGCCUGCCGUGACGCUGACAUCCUGCAGAGGAGCGCCGUGGGGCGGCACGGGGCGCAGGGCAAGAUCGGGGCGGGGUACCUCAUCGGUGACAGUGAGUACCCCCCGCGGGCCUGGCUGCUCACGCCGGUGUCCGGCCCGCGCUCGGAGGCGCAGAGCCGCUAUAACGAGGCUCUGGGGCGCGUGCGGAGGGAGGUGAGCGAGCGCACGUUCCAGCUGCUGAAGCGCCGGUUCCGCUGCCUGGACCGAGGGGACGGAGGCCCCCUGCAGUACUCCCCCGAGCGCUGCGCCCGCAUCAUCAUCGCCUGCUGCGUGCUGCACAACGUGGCGCUGGGCUGGGCCGUGCCGCUCGAACACCCCCAGGAGGAAGGGGAGCCGGGGGGGGCGCAGCGGGGGGGCGGGGAGCAGCAGCAGCAGGUGGAGGAGGAGGAGGAGAAUGGAGAGGAGGAGGAAUUGACCGAGGAGGAGGAGGAGGAGGAGGAGGAGGAGAAGGUGCCAGGAGGAGGGCUGAAGGAGGGGAGAGCCAGGAGGCAGGAGCUGAUAGAUCUGUACUUCAGCUGAGGGUGCUGGUCUGGGGUCUGGGCUGCAGCUGAACAUCACAAGAGAGUGGGGGGGGAGGCUCAGCGUGCCCCUAUUCUGGGCUCCUCACUGGAGGUGUCGAUGCUCCACACCUCUCCCACCCUCCCAGAGGCUGUUCUGCAGUGGGGCAAUAUCGCAUUGAGACUGGAAUAAAACAUGUGGACUGUACUGCAGUGGGACGCAUUCGGACUUCAGCGCAUAAAGACUGGAGCGCAUUGGGACUAUCGCAGGGAUGCAAAUAAGACUCCCGUUCCACAGCAGUGAUCCAUUCCUGGUUUUACUACCUGUCUAAUGAGACACACCUGAGAGAGAUGCUGUUACUGGCAGAGAAAACGAGCCUCUAGUAACCUCUGCCUUGUAGAGAUUUGUAUUGACCUUGUUAAUAAACAUCUCUCCAGACAGGUGCAGCCAUAACCAGACAUAAUAAUAAUAAUAAUAAUAAUAAUAAUAAUAAUAAUAAUAAUAAUAAUAAUAAUAAUAAUACAAGUCUAAGUGAAAGCAUUGUAUUGUCCUCGUGCAUACAAAGCUACACAGAUGAAUACCUUGAGUCAUAUUGACCCGAGUCGUUCUGUUUGUAGACGAGAUCAGCUCUAAAAAUAAUAAACGUCUCAAAGCUCUUAUUUUCUGUUUAUGAGUUCGUGACCCCAGUCUAGGAGAAGUCAUUCAAUAUUAUUGGAGGGGGGGUGGACCCAGUGUCGGGUCAAACAGACACGAAACAUAAUAGGGUUAAUAAGACUCACCUGAGCUUGUUACCUGCACACUGGGGCUAAUCCAGCUCAUUGUAAAACCUAGAGUGGGUGAAACUGCUGUGCACUGGGAGUCACUGCAGCGUCUUUCCUGUCAGCUCAAGUUCUGCCUUUUCUAGUAAGUGUUUAUAGCCCUGAUAGAGAACGUCACUUUGUUUGAAUUGUGUUUUUAGUUGAAUGUUGCUUGCUUGUCUCUAUACCUGUGCUGCUUCUGUGUAUAUUAAAUAUCAUAUCUGGUGAUUAUCCUGAGACCAGAGGCUGAGUGGCUAUGAAGAAGAACAACAUUAACACAGCCAUGUAAUAAACUGAACCAGCAUUAACACAGCCGUGUAAUAUAACUGAACACAACAUUAACACUGCCAUGUAAUAAACUGAACACAACAUUAACACAGCCGUGUAAUAUAACUGAACACAACAUUAACACUACCAUGUAAUAAACUGAACCAGCAUUAACACUACCAUGUAAUAAACUGAACCAGCAUUAACACUGCCGUGUAAUAUAACUGAACACAACAUUAACACUGCCAUGUAAUAAACUGAACACAACAUUAACACAGCCGUGUAAUAUAACUGAACACAACAUUAACACUACCAUGUAAUAAACUGAACACAACAUUAACACUGCCAUGUAAUAUAACUGAACACAACAUUAACACUGCCAUGUAAUAAACUGAACCAGCAUUAACACUGCCAUGUAAUAAACUGAACCAGCAUUAACACUGCUAUGUAAUAAACUGAACCAGCAUUAACACAGCCAUGUAAUAAACUGAACCAGCAUUAACACAGCCAUGUAAUAAACUGAACCAGCAUUAACACAGCCAUGUAAUAAACUGAACACAGCAUUAACACAGCCAUGUAAUAAACUGAACCAGCAUUAACACUGCCGUGUAAUAAACUGAACACAACAUUAACACUGCCAUGUAAUAAACUGAACCAGCAUUAACACAGCCAUGUAAUAAACUGAACCAGCAUUAACACUACCAUGUAAUAAACUGAACCAGCAUUAACACAGCCAUGUAAUAAACUGAACCAGCAUUAACACAGCCAUGUAAUAAACUGAACACAGCAUUAACACAGCCAUGUAAUAAACUGAACCAGCAUUAACACAGCUAUGUAAUAAACUGAACCAGCAUUAACACUGCUGUGUAAUAAACUGAACACAACAUUAACACUGCCGUGUAAUAAACUGAACACAACAUUAACACAGCCGUGUAAUAUAACUGAACACAACAUUAACACAGCCGUGUAAUAUAACUGAACACAACAUUAACACAGCCGUGUAAUAUAACUGAACACAACAUUAACACUACCAUGUAAUAAACUGAACCAGCAUUAACACUACCAUGUAAUAAACUGAACCAGCAUUAACACUGCCGUGUAAUAAACUGAACACAACAUUAACACUACCAUGUAAUAAACUGAACACAACAUUAACACAGCCGUGUAAUAUAACUGAACACAACAUUAACACAGCCGUGUAAUAAACUGAACACAACAUUAACACUACCAUGUAAUAAACUGAACCAGCAUUAACACAGACAUGUAAUAAACUGAACACAACAUUAACACAGCCAUGUAAUAAACUGAACACAACAUUAACACUACCAUGUAAUAAACUGAACCAGCAUUAACACAGACAUGUAAUAAACUGAACACAACAUUAACACAGCCAUGUAAUAAACUGAACACAACAUUAACACAGCCAUGUAAUAAACUGAACCAGCAUUAACACUACCAUGUAAUAAACUGAACCAGCAUUAACACAGACAUGUAAUAAACUGAACACAACAUUAACACAGCCAUGUAAUAAACUGAACACAACAUUAACACAGCCAUGUAAUAAACUGAACCAGCAUUAACACUACCAUGUAAUAAACUGAACCAGCAUUAACACAGACAUGUAAUAAACUGAACACAACAUUAACACAGCCAUGUAAUAAACUGAACACAACAUUAACACAGCCGUGUAAUAAACUGAACACAACAUUAACACAGCCAUGUAAUAAACUGAACCAGCAUUAACACUACCAUGUAAUAAACUGAACACAACAUUAACACUGCCAUGUAAUAAACUGAACACAACAUUAACACAGCCAUGUAAUAAACUGAACCAGCAUUAACACUACCAUGUAAUAAACUGAACCAGCAUUAACACAGACAUGUAAUAAACUGAACACAACAUUAACACAGCCAUGUAAUAAACUGAACACAACAUUAACACAGCCGUGUAAUAAACUGAACACAACAUUAACACAGCCAUGUAAUAAACUGAACCAGCAUUAACACUGCCAUGUAAUAAACUGAACACAACAUUAACACAGCCAUGUAAUAAACUGAACCAGCAUUAACACAGACAUGUAAUAAACUGAACACAACAUUAACACAGCCAUGUAAUAAACUGAACACAACAUUAACACAGCCAUGUAAUAAACUGAACCAGCAUUAACACUACCAUGUAAUAAACUGAACCAGCAUUAACACAGACAUGUAAUAAACUGAACACAACAUUAACACAGCCAUGUAAUAAACUGAACACAACAUUAACACAGCCGUGUAAUAAACUGAACACAACAUUAACACAGCCAUGUAAUAAACUGAACCAGCAUUAACACUACCAUGUAAUAAACUGAACACAACAUUAACACUGCCAUGUAAUAAACUGAACCAGCAUUAACACUGCCAUGUAAUAAACUGAACACAACAUUAACACUGCCGUGUAAUAAACUGAACCAGCAUUAACACUACCAUGUAAUAAACUGAACACAACAUUAACACUGCCAUGUAAUAAACUGAACCAGCAUUAACACUGCCAUGUAAUAAACUGAACACAACAUUAACACAGCCAUGUAAUAAACUGAACCAGCAUUAACACUGCCAUGUAAUAAACUGAACCAGCAUUAACACUACCAUGUAAUAAACUGAACCAGCAUUAACACUGCCAUGUAAUAAACUGAACACAACAUUAACACAGCCAUGUAAUAAACUGAACCAGCAUUAACACUGCUAUGUAAUAAACUGAACCAGCAUUAACACUACCAUGUAAUAAACUGAACCAGCAUUAACACUGCCAUGUAAUAAACUGAACACAACAUUAACACAGCCAUGUAAUAAACUGAACCAGCAUUAACACUACCAUGUAAUAAACUGAACCAGCAUUAACACUACCAUGUAAUAAACUGAACCAGCAUUAACACAGCCAUGUAAUAAACUGAACCAGCAUUAACACUACCAUGUAAUAAACUGAACCAGCAUUAACACUGCCAUGUAAUAAACUGAACACAACAUUAACACAGCCAUGUAAUAAACUGAACCAGCAUUAACACUGCCAUGUAAUAAACUGAACCAGCAUUAACACUACCAUGUAAUAAACUGAACCAGCAUUAACACUGCCAUGUAAUAAACUGAACACAACAUUAACACAGCCAUGUAAUAAACUGAACCAGCAUUAACACUGCCGUGUAAUAAAUUGAAUGGUUUGCUUUCUUUAAUAAAGUGUGUCUGUGUCCCAGGCAGUGUAACAAUAUGACACCUAUCAUGACAUGCAGGUUGCGGUGCGAUGUGUAUCGCGAUCCAUGUGACUGUCCUGACGGGCUGCUUGUGUGAUGCACAGUAAGAUCACAGGGUGGUUUAAUAGACAGACUGUUUUGUUAGAAGCCAGCAGUGAAAUGAGACAGGGUGGGUAAGUACUCAAACCGUGUUCAAAGACGUGUUCUUUAAUUGUGAGCCUCUCGGUGAGCUGAGCUGUGCUGCUGUGUUUUUGGUCUGGUAUCAUACACAGUGCAUAUAUAUACAGAUGCCUGAUUAAAGCACAAAGUGGUCUAACA